GACAGUUGACAUUGGUUGACAUUACCUCAAAAUGAAGGUUUGUAAACUGAUCGGUAGUAAUUGUUUCUUAAAUUCAUUUUAAAUUUUGUUUUAUGAAGUAAAUAAUUACGAUCGAAUUAUUAAUAUAAGUGUAUAAGUUAUGGUACUUUCGUUGGGGGUUGAAUUUCAAUGGCAGACGAUGGAGAUUUUUUCGAAGAAUUUAAAAGGAGAAACAUUGUAAAACCUAAAAAGUUCAUCUUCAAAAAGCAGACGAAUAAUCAAGAAAACACUUCCGAAACUAGUUCGCCCUUUUUUCGCAAAGAUUUUAGUAAAGUGCCACAAAGAGUUUCUUCGAAAGAAGUGGAAAGUAAUUUCUCUCGUGCUGAUGCUAUAGAGAAACAACUUGAGAGUAUUUUUGAUGAUGGAGACGGAAAAAGGGUUAACACCGAAUUUGAGGAACGUUUGGGGAAAAUAUCUGAUGGUUCGAAGUGUAGUAAAAGUGGUUAUACCGAGGAACAAAAUUCGAAGGUCAAUUUCAAGAAUAUUCUCACUAAUGUGCCUUCUAAUUGUACCAUUCACGCAAGUACCAGUGUCGAAAACCAGGUGUCUUCGAGAGGAGUAUUUCUUUCACAAAAUUCGUCGGAAAGCAUACCUGAGAUGAAACGAACAACAUCUGUAAAAUCAGUGGAAUCUACAACAACGACAAACAAGUUUCAAUUUAAAAAAAAGUCAGUAAUGGGACCUAGUGGAAACACAUUCAAUGGGAUUCUUAAUGGUCAGGGAAAAAAGGAUAACAGUGAUUUGUUAUCUGAAAGCUCUUCAAAGGCCAUGAAACCAAUACCUCAUAAGAUAAUCAACAAUGACCAAAUUGAUUCUUUAUAUGAUUCAUCCCUUGAAAAGAGUGGAAACGUAGAUUCAAUUGAAGAACAGGGUGAAUUUAACGAUUUCCAUGCAACUUCUGAAAUCAAGCCAAAAAAAUUUGUUUUCAACAAACCAUCAUCUAGCUCUGCGUUGAAGUCUUCUAGUUCGAGUUUGUUUUCUCCCGUCCUCUCAAAGAAAAGUAAAGAAAGCUUGCCCAGCGUCAAAAGUACUUUAAAAGUAAACACUCACCUGAACAAGGAAAAAAGCCAUAUAACCAUCAGUUCAUCAGACGAUUCUUUUGUGCUAUCAAAGAAUGACUUGCCAAACAACACGAUUAAUCUCGACGAUGAAGUAACCUUCAUAAGCCAAUCUCUAAAUGCAGACCAAGAUGAUUACAUGGACGACGCAACUUUUGAAAGGCUGUUUGGGGAAAGUUCUUCUAAAAAGUCACCUUUGCCGAAAGCAUUUUCUGACGAUUUUGAUCUGGAAGGUGUCAAUUGGGACGAGCAGUUCAGCACAAAGGACACUCCCAAAAAUAAUUAUGCUGAUGAACUGGCCGAUGUGGAUUGGAACGAGGAUGCCUUUAACGAGAAGUCUUUCACUCCUGUAAACUCUUUUGAGAACCGUCAGGAUGAUUCUAAAGAAUUCAAAGAGAUUUAUCACUUUUCCGAAGUAAUGGAGGAGGUUCUGCGGGAAAAGUUUGGCUUGAGGACAUUCCGCCCCCACCAGAGAGAGAUCAUCAAUGCCAGCCUCAAUGGAAAUGACUGUUUCGUACUCAUGCCUACAGGGGGAGGCAAAAGUUUGUGCUAUCAGCUGCCAGCCAUACUGAGCGAGGGUGUUACUAUCGUCAUUUCACCUCUGAAGGCUCUCAUCAAUGAUCAGGUGGAUAAGUUGAACGGAUUAGAUAUAGCUGCUGCUCACAUGUGUUCCGACGUUACACGGGAGGAAAGCGAUACAAUACUAUCCAAACUUCACUGUCGGGAACCCCUCAUUAAGCUACUGUACCUCACCCCGGAGAAGAUAGUGGCAGCGAGGAGCAUUAUUGAUUUGCUCAAGGCUCUCUAUCAGCGAGGGAAAUUAGCUAGGUUUGUCAUCGAUGAAGCCCACUGCCUGUCUCAGUGGGGUCACGACUUCAGGCCAGACUACAAGCAGCUCUUUCUGCUACGCAGGGAUUUUCCUGAUGUUCCCAUAAUGUGCCUGACGGCUACUGCGACUAAACAAGUAGAAACUGACGUGAUCAACAUUCUGAAACUGAGGAACGUAAAGAGGUUCAUCAUGAGCUUCAACAGGCCGAACAUUAAGUACCAGGUGAUACCAAAGAAAGGCAAAUUCGCCGCUGAGGAUAUCACCAAGCUGAUAAAACAAAAGUUCUUCAAAAAGUCUGGGAUAAUAUACUGCCUCGCGAGAAAGGACUGCGAGACCCUGGCCAACUACCUAAACAAGGAGGGUGUUAAGACGAGGCCGUACCACGCCGGGUUACCGAACAACAUCAGGGAGGCCAUUCAAAGAGAAUGGAUGCAAGACAGGUUCUUCGUUAUAGUUGCUACUAUAGCGUUUGGGAUGGGAAUCGACAAGCCCGAUGUUCGCUUUGUCAUCCAUAACUCGAUACCCAAGUCUAUCGAGGCUUUUUACCAGGAGAGCGGACGUGCCGGUAGAGACGGAGAGAUUUCUUACUCCUAUCUCUAUUACAACUACUCUGACUCGCAACGCUUGCAGAAGAUCUUGAAGUUGGAAAAGAAUACCAACUGGAAGACAUUGGAGGGCCACUUUGACAACCUCAAGCAGAUGGUGUCGUACGCAGAGAACGUAGUGGACUGCCGCAGGUACAUCCAGCUGCUGCAUCUCGGCGAGAACUUCAACCGGCAGAUCUGCAUCAGCAACAGCGCCACCACCUGCGACAAUUGCGAGAACGUCAAUAAGCAUAAAAUCGUCGACGUUACAAAAGAGGCGCGUGACCUGGGAAAGCUCGUAGAUGAUCUAGCCAACCAAGGAAACGUCACACUGCUGCACGCCGCAGAUGUCUACAAGGGCUCCAAGGCUAAGAAAAUCCUCGAGAAGGGCCACGACAAGCACAAGUGCUUUGGACUCGGCGCUAGGAUGGACAGGAUGGACGUACAGCGCAUUCUGAAGGAUCUGAUAUUGAAGAGCAUCCUCUCAGACCACGUCGUCUACACAGGCGAGUUUCCCGUGGUAUACAUCAAACCGGGGCCCAAGUUCGGAACCUUGAAGGCACCCAACCUGAAAAUGGUGUUAUCAGUGAGCAAGACCAGCGAGAAGCCAAUCGUCGAUAAAGACGUGAGUUAUUCUGAGAUAGAAGAGGAGCCGAGACCUUUGGAGAAGCCGGGUCCAUCCAAACCGCUCCCCGUGGCAAAGAAGGCCACAUUGGUCAAGUUCAACAAACAGAAAGUCGCCGCCCUCAGAGUCCAGUGCCACGAGGAUCUCCUAGAGGAGUGCCGGCGCCUGGCCCUGGAGCGCAACGUCACCUUGUCAUCGAUCAUGAACCUCUCCGCGAUUAAAACUAUGUCGGAGGUGCUGCCCAAGACCAAAGAGGAGUUCCUCAAGAUCCAGCACGUAACCACGGCCAAUUACAAAAAGUUUGGUGAAUUUUUCCUAGCGAUCACAAAGAAAUUCAGGGAGCAAAUCGACGUCCUGGAGACGGCCGCGAAGAUUCCUGAAACACCAAGCUUCAGUUCGUUUGAGGACGAAGAUGACUGGUGCGUACCGAGCUCGCAGACUGGUGGCAUCAAAAGGAAGUCGAGUGGCAGCAGCGGUUCCAUGAGAGGGGCAAAGCGCUUCAGGUCGGGGUACAAGCGGAAACCAAGGGCUUCACGCAAACCGACGACCCCGCGAAUGAAGAAGAGGGGUAGCCCAAAGAAAGGGGCCGGAGCAGGGGCCAAGAAGGCUGCGAAAGGGAAGGCUUCAGGAAGCAGCGCCAAAGGUGGAGGGUUGGGGUUGUUGCCGGUGUUGCACAUUUCGUGAGGUAUUUUUUAUUGUCUUCAAUCGUUUGUACAUACAGUAUAAUUUAUUUUUUUAUUCAGUACAAUAUUCGUUCUUGUCUUUAUUGAAUAAACUCUGUUUUUCAUUAAA